AUUUUAAGAUUUAAUCGAGAGAUCCUCUACAAAAUAUUCUCGUCAAGUUAAAAUUAUUAAGGAAGCAUGGAAUAUAUAGAGUAUAUGCAAAGAAAGGAGAAGAAAAGAUUGGAUUUCAAUCGUCCAACAUUUGAUGAGCCUGAAUUUAAAAUUCCUUGUCGUGAGAUAACAAACAAGGUCGAAGACAACGUUUUGAAAAGACCAAGUAAUAAAUCAAGUCUGGCAGAUGAUGAAGAGUCUCUACAGGAUUCGGUUGCAUCUAAGGAAUCGAUAUCUGUUCAAAGUAAAUUCAAUGUUCACCUUCGUUUAAAGCCAAUUAAAGAUCCACUUCCGGAUGUUUAUAAUUUUGAUAUUAAGAGUAAUUUGGUGACAGUCACAUCUUCUAUGAUGACAAUUGAGCGUCAAUAUACGUUUACUUCGAUAUUAGAUGAUAACAAAGAUCAAAAAACGUUGUAUGAUGAAUGUGUUCGUCCGAUCCUUGCUGAUCCUUUUUCAAGCCAAGGUGCUGUCUUUGCAUCUUAUGGAGUGAGCAACUCAGGAAAGACUUACACAAUUCUUGGUCAAGAGAACCCAGGCAUUGUUCCUCGUGCUCUUGCGCAAAUCUUCUCGGAGAAUCAUAAUCAAAUUGAAAAAUAUCCUGCAUGUAAAUUAGUUAACAAUCAAAUAGCAUUCCUUGAUGAUAACAAAGCCAACUCUGAAUUAAUGUUGUCCAUGGACUUGCUAGCAGAUGCCAAGAAAAUUAGAGGGAAAUUAGCUAAUCAAUGGGUUGCCAUCGAUGAGAAUCAUCAUUUUACACAACGUGAAGUUGCCGAAGAAUUUCAACAGAUUUACGUUUGGGUUUCGUUCUUAGAAAUUUAUAAUGAGAAGAUUAUUGACUUGUUAAAACCCCCAAAAAGUGGACAAUCAAAAUUCGAACGACCUCUAAAGAUUAUUUCGAAUAACCACGAUCCUUACAUUCUUGGCUUGACUUGGAUUUGUGUGUCAAACAUUCACGAUGCGCUUCAUUUACUGCAAUUUGGAUUGCAACGAGCCAAUUAUGCUCAAACAGGGUUGAAUCCUCAUUCGAGUCGAUCACAUACAAUCUUCACAAUCCAACUGAUCUCUGAAAUUGCAACUGGUAACAUGUCAAAGUUUGAAAUUGCCAGCUAUAAAUUUUGUGACUUGGCUGGAGCUGAGCGAAUAAGUAAAACUAGCAACACUGGGGAUAGAAUUAAAGAGGCUGGUGGAAUUAAUUCAUCACUUCUUGUACUUGGUCGUUGCUUAGAAGCUGUACAAUAUAAUCAGAAUGUCGGCGUUAAAAGAAAGCAAAUCGUCCCCGUUCGUGAUUCAAAACUUACGAUGCUGCUUGAAAGUUCAUUGAAGGGAUUCGAGAAGUUCGUAAUGAUUGUUAAUCUUCAACCGAAUAUCGAAUGUUUAGAUGAGAACCUUAACGUGUUGCAUUUUGGUUCAAUUGCUAAUAAGAUUGUGACUCGCAGUAAGAUGCCGAGAAAGUUUACACGAAGAUCAUCGCGAUAUAGUCAUGUUGCUGGAAGCACUGUCAACAACUCAGUUCAAUUAACAGAAUCUUGGUGACAUUUACGAAGAAUCUGACGAAUCAUCGUUGGAUUUGUCGUUUCAAAUUGAAAAUAUGCCAUCAGAUAUGCUUCGAAAUGAGUUGCGUCUUAAAAUCUUGGAGUUGGAUACGCUUAAAGACAUUGUUGAGAAGAAGGAACGUGAGUUCUUAGAGCAACAACAGAAAUUGCGAGAAUAUGGAAAUGCGAUGAUCAAGAAGCAUCAUGAAAAUGAUGAAAUUUACUUCAAAGAACAAAUGAAGAUUAAAGAAGAUUAUUAUCAGAAAAAAAUGGAGGCAAUUGACUUAAAGUACAAUCGCAAGUACAACCAGUUUCUUGAAGAAAUUGAUUGUUUGGAACGUGAAAAUCAGAAAUUGAAGAAGAAACUUGGAAUGAAUGAUGAUAUCGCUGUCAUUAAUAUCGAUGAUGAUGACGAUGAGGAUGAAGAGGAAGAAUAUGAAGAAGAUAGUAGAAUUGAAAACUCAUCAAUAUCUGAAUAAUUUUCCAUAAAAAAGUCUUUAAAAUUUAUUUGUUGUUAGUUUGUAAAAAUAAA